CUUUACUUUUGGAUAAUUUCAAGCUGACAUUUUAGACCACAAUCAGUUUCAAUAUAUCUAAACUUUCAAGCUACAUAUGUCAUCACCAAGACAUAAAUCAGCAAAAGUCUCCAAUGGAAGUCUCUUCCAAAGUUCAGAUCUUCAAUAUUCGACUAUUUUUAUUUAUAUGUAUGUAUAGCUCGCAGAAGCUGAUCUUCAUAUCAAUCAUAGCUAGCAAACAAAGAUCAUUCCUCCUUAAUUUGCUUCAAUGUCUUCGAAAACCAAAACCCUUCAAAUAUUUCUCCUUUCCACCCUCCUUUUCCUUAUCCAAUUCAAUGUCUCUUCCGGCCAAACUGUGGUUAAAGGCGCUUACUGGUAUUGGGACAGCGGAUUUCCAGCAUCCAGCAUAGAUUCCAGCCUUUUCACUAAUCUUUUCUGUGCAUUUGCUGAUCUUGAUCCCAAUACUUACCAAGUCACCGUUACUUCCUCAAACUCAGCCCAAUUCUCGAGCUUCACACAAACAGUCCAACAAAAAAACCCUUCUGUGAAAACCCUCUUGUCCAUUGGUGGAGGAGGCAAUGAUACUAUUGCAGACACCUUUGCUUCAAUGGCAAGCCAACCCAGCAGGCGAAAAUCAUUCAUUGACUCCUCCAUUAACUUAGCCAGGUCCUACAACUUCCAUGGUAUUGACCUUGAUUGGGAGUACCCGGACACCACCACUCACAUGACCAACUUUGGCACCCUUCUCACUGAGCUGCGAGCUGCUGUGGCCAAUGAGUCCCAGACAUCUGGCAACACCGAAUUGCUUUUAGCCGCUGCAGUAUUUCGCUCUGCAGAUUACUAUACCAUAAAUUACCCCAUUGAGUCCAUAUCAAACAGUUUGGACUGGAUCAAUGUAAUGGCUUAUGACUUCUAUGGCUCUGCUUGGAACUCAAGCAGAGACAGAACUGGACCACCGGCUGCAUUAUACAACGCAACCGCUAGCCAGGUUAAUGGGGAUGCUGGCAUCACAUCUUGGGUUGAGGCAGGUUUGGGUGCGGAUAAGAUAGCGCUGGGCCUUCCAUUUUAUGGGUAUGCAUGGCGUUUGCUGAAUGCUGAUGAGCAUGGCCUUUUUGCUCCGGCUGAUGGACCGGCUGAUGGACCGGCUAUUAGGACAGAUGGGAGCAUAAACUACAAGGACAUACUGGACUUCAUAAGCCAGAAUGGGACACAGACAGUGUACAAUGCGACGGUUGUUACAAACUACUGCUACUCUGGGACAACAUGGAUUGGCUAUGACGACACACAGAGUAUCUCUGCCAAGGUUUCAUAUGCUAAGCAAAAGGGGCUUCUUGGUUACUUCUCAUGGCAAGUCAGUGGUGACGACAAUAACUGGGCUCUUUCUCAAACAGCUUCAACUACUUGGGGAUGAGAAAAUGAGGAUUAGAUCUAUAUAUGCAAAUGUAAUACCUUACUUGCAAUAAGGCUAAUGAGGCCAAAUAAACAAUAACAUGUUGCCGUGAAUUCUUAUUUUCUUAAUCUGGACGAACGAAUGAUUUUGGGAAA